GCCACCCUGGGGAAGAUGGGCGGGCCCUGGGGUUCGUGGAGCCCAUUGGGCGUGGGGCGAAGCUCCCUGGAGGGCCUUGGGCCCCGCCCUCAGCCUUGCGGCGGCCAAUGGGUGCGGUGCGCGGGCGGGGCAUCGGUGGCGUCGGCGGUGGCCCGGCGGCUGAGGUGGCGGAGGUGGCCGCUCAGGCUGAGGCGGCGGGCGCGGCCGGGAUGGCGAGGAGCCUCGGAGAGAACGGGCCGCGCACGCCCGCGGCCGAGGAGGGCUUGUCGGAGACCCGGGAGAGCCUGGCUCCGGGCCCCGACGCCGCAGCCGCCGACGAGCUCAGCUCUCUCGGCUCCGACUCAGAGGCCAACGGCUUCGCUGAGCGCCGCAUCGACAAGUUUGGCUUCAUCGUGGGCUCGCAGGGCGCCGAGGGCGCACAGCCCCAUACAAUCAUCUGUGGAGGCCCAGAGACUCAGCCAUGACCCUACUCCAGCGGCCCUUUCCUCUCCUUCUCUGACCAGUUGUGACUGUCCAAGGCUCCUGCAGCCCCUCUUGUGGCUUAUGUGCCUUCACCGUCUGCUGGAGGAAGUCCCUCUGGAGGUGCUGAGGCAGAGGGAGUCCAAGUGGCUGGACAUGCUCAACAACUGGGACAAAUGGAUGGCCAAGAAGCACAAAAAGAUUCGUCUGCGGUGCCAGAAAGGCAUCCCGCCUUCUCUGCGGGGCCGUGCUUGGCAGUACCUGUCUGGAGGCAAGGUGAAGCUCCAGCAGAACCCUGGAAAGUUUGACGAGCUGGACAUGUCCCCUGGGGACCCUAAAUGGCUGGAUGUGAUUGAGCGUGACCUGCACCGUCAGUUCCCUUUCCAUGAGAUGUUUGUGUCCCGGGGGGGCCAUGGCCAGCAGGACCUGCUCCGGGUGCUGAAGGCCUACACUCUGUACCGGCCUGAGGAAGGCUACUGCCAGGCCCAGGCGCCUGUGGCUGCCGUCCUGCUCAUGCACAUGCCUGCUGAGCAAGCCUUCUGGUGCUUGGUGCAGAUCUGUGAGAAGUACCUGCCUGGCUACUACAGUGAGAAACUGGAGGCAAUCCAGCUGGACGGGGAGAUCCUCUUCUCGCUGCUGCAGAAGGUGUCGCCUGUGGCCCACAAACACCUCAGCCGGCAGAAGAUUGACCCACUACUGUACAUGACAGAGUGGUUCAUGUGUGCCUUCGCCCGAACCCUACCCUGGAGCUCCGUGCUGCGUGUCUGGGACAUGUUCUUCUGUGAAGGCGUCAAGAUCAUCUUCCGGGUGGGGCUGGUGCUGCUGAAGCACGCAUUGGGCUCCCCUGAGAAGCUCAAAGCCUGCCAGGGCCAGUACGAGACUAUCGAGCGCCUGCGGAGCCUCAGCCCCAAGAUCAUGCAGGAGGCCUUCCUGGUCCAGGAGGUGGUGGAGUUGCCAGUGACAGAGCGCCAGAUUGAGCGUGAGCACCUCCUCCAGCUGCGGCGCUGGCAGGAGACCCGGGGUGAGCUGCAGUGCUGCUCCCCACCCAGGUUGCAUGGUGCCAAGGCCAUCCUGGAAGCAGAGCCAGGCCCUUGGCCCACCCUGCAACCUUCCCCGUCAAUCCGCCUGCCCCCUGAUGCCCGCCUCCCUGGCUCCAAAGGCAAGCCCAAGCUGCCCAAGCAGAUUCAGAAAGAGCAGAAGGAGCAACAGAAACAGGCAAAGGAGAGAGGGCAGCUGGACAAGCCUCCAACCCCAAAUCAAGCCAACAUGGCAACUGCUGCAGGAGAUGCUUGUGCCCCACAGGACAUGCCCCCAAAGGAUCUAGCCCCUGAGGAUCCAGCCCCCCAGGACUCAGCCCACCACUGCUCCCAGGAGAGUCUGACAUCCCAGGAGAGUGAGGACACCUACUUGUAACUCCAGCACUCAUGCUUCUGGGACAGGGUCUCCACCCAGCAGCUACACGGUUCAUGGACUGAUGCUCCAGGACCUGCCCACCCUUGAUGAGUUCACUGCUGCCUGGAUGCUGGGGGGUAGAGAGUCUGGCUGGCCCAGCACAGAUUCUGCCUGAGCCUCCUUAUUUAUUUUCUCCAGAGUGGAGGUCGGGCUGGCCCAGCUGGGACAGGCAGAAGUGAGGGCCGAUGAGCAGGGGCUCCCUCAGCCCCCUCCUCCCGGGGGUAUGCUCCCAGGGCCGGGGCACUAUGUGAGGGGACAGGGUGAGUGAGGGGUGGGGUGCUCUUUGUAUAAAAUAGAAACAUGGUUUUGUACAGAAAUAAACAGGUUUGU